AUGAUUGGUGGGAUGAGUACAACUGAAGCUGCUACGACAACCACAACUUCAGCGCCUACUACGACAACUACAAUACCUACCACGACAACUACAACACCUACUACGACAACCACAACUGUAGCUCCUACGACAACAUCUGAAGCUCCUAUGACCACUACAACUGCAGCACCUACUUCAACAACCACUGCAGCUCUUACAACCACUACAUCAGCAGCACCUACUUCGACAACUACAAAUGCAGUUCCUACAACAACGACAACUGAAGCUCCUACGACAACCACAACUGUAGCUCCAAGUACAACCGUAGCACCUACGACCACAACUACACCAUCUACUUCGACAACCGCUGCAUCUGCUAAAAUAACUACAACUGACGCACCUACAACACCAUCUGUAGCUCUUACAACCACUACAACUGCAGCACCUACUUCAACAACUACAACUGAAGCUUCUACGAUAACCACAACUGCAGCACCUGCUACGACAACUACAACUGAAGCUGCUACGACAACCACAACUUCAGCGCCUACUACGACAACUACAACACCUACUACGACAACUACAACACCUACUACCACAACCACAACUGUAGCUCCUACGACAACAUCUGUAGCUCCUAUUACCACUACAACUGCAGCAUCUACUUCAACAACCACUGCAGCUCUUACAACCCCUACAUCAGCAGCACCUACUUCAACAACUACAAAUGCAGUUCCUACAACAACGACAACUGAAGCUCCUAUGACAACCACAACUGCAGCUCCAACUGCAACAUCUGUAGCUCCUACGACCACUACAACAGCAGCAUCUACUACAACAACUACAAAUGCAGCUCCUACGACAACCACAACUGCAGCUCCUACUACAACUUUAGAUCCCACGACCAUUACAACAGAAGCACCCACUACGACCACUACAAACGCAGCUCUUACGACAACCGCAACUGAUACUCCUACUACAACUUUAGAUACUACGACCACUACAACAGCAGCACCUACAACGACAACUGUAGCUCCUACGACAACCACAACUGUAGCUCCAAGUACAACUGUAGCUCCUACCACCACAACUACACCACCUACUUCAACAACUACAACUGAAGCUCCUACGAUAACCACAACUGCAGCACCUGCUACGACAACUACAACUGAAGCUGCUACGACAACCACAACUUCAGUGCCUACUACGACAACUACAACACCUACUACAACACCUACUACGACAACUACAACACCUACUACGACAACUACAACACCUACUAUGACAACCACAACUGUAGCUCCUACGACAUCAUCUGUAGCUCCUUUGACCACUACAACUGCAGCACCUACUUCAACAACCACUGCAGCUCUUACAACCACUACAUCAGCAGCACCUACUUCGACAACUACAAAUGCAGUUCCUACAACAACGACAACUGAAGCUCCUACGACAACCACAACUGCAGCUCCAACUACAAUAUCUGUAGCUCCUACGUCCACUACAACAGCAGGAUCUACUACAACAACUACAAAUGCAGCUCCUACGACAACCACAACUGCAGCUCUUACUACAACUUUAGAUCCCACGACCAUUACAACAGAAGCACCCACGACGACCAUUACAAACACAGCUCCUACGACAACCGCAACUGAUACUCCUACUAAAACUUUAGAUACUACGACCACUACAACAGUAGCACCUACAACGACAACUGUAGCUCCUACGACAACCACAACUGUAGCUCCAAGUACAACUGUAGCUCCUACCACCACAACUACACCACCUACUUCAACAACUACAACUGAAGCUCCUACGAUAACCACAACUGCAGCACCUGCUACGACAACUACAACUGAAGCUGCUACGACAACCACAACUUCAGUGCCUACUACGACAACUACAACACCUACUACGACAACACCUACUAAACUACGACAACCACAACACAGCUGUAGCUCCUACGACACCAUCUGUAGCUCCUAUGACCACUACAACUGCAGCACCUACUUCAACAACCACUGCAGCUCUUACAACCACUACAUCAGCAGCACUACUAAUGCAGUUCCUACAACAACGACAACUGAAGCUCCUACGACAACCACAACGGCAGCUCUAACUACAACAUCUGUAGCUCCUACGCACCACAACAGCAGCAUCUACUACAACAAAUACAAAUGCAGCUCCUACGACAACCACAACUGCAGCUCCUACUACAACUUUAGAUCCCACGACCAUUACAACAGAAGCACCCACUACGACCACUACAAAUGCAGCUCUUACGACAACCGCAACUGA